AUGAGCGUGGCGGACCGACUACGGGCGUUCCGCUACGCCACCAGUGCCCGUGAGAUCCCGUGGACGCACCUGCGCAGCGUCGAUGUGGCGGCGCACCGCGUGCAGGAGCCGGACCUGCAUUUGAUGAAGAACUUAAUUUCUCUUCUCUCCGACUGCAGCCUCGCCAGUGCGACGUCGCCCACCACGGGCACGGCGGAUGUUUAUCAGCUCCUCAGUGUCCUGCAGCUUGCCCUGCAGUUCACCCUUUGGUCGCAGUCGGUGCUCAAGGAGGAGCUAGUGGAGAAGCAAAGCGGCGCCGCGGUGCGGCAGAUCAACUUGCAGUACGUGGAGGGGCUCGAGAAAAAACUGGAGACGUCCCGUCAAGAAGCCAUCACGCUGCGGGAGGAGCGUGACGGCAUGCAGCUUGCCUCUCGAAGCCUCGAGCACCGCCUCACCCAGGCCGAGUCAACCAUACGAUGCCUUGAAAGGGACCUCGCGUUUGAGCGUCAGCGGCUGAGGGAGACGAUGUCCCUCUUCGCCGCACGACCAAAUGAAGAUCCGCAGCAGCUGGCUGCAAAGGAGCGGCGGCGGCAGCAGCAGCGGCAGCAACAGCAAGGCCCCUUUGUGUCAACAUCGCCGCCGACUGUUCCGCUGCCGCGCCAUUCCGAUUAUGCCCAACGCUGCGCAGACGAAAUUCCGCGUGCCAGCUGGGAAGACGUGUCCACGCGUCAUCGCUCUCAAGACGAAGCAAACAAGAAGCGGCACGUGCACGAUUGCCCAUCCAUUGGUGGCGGUGGCGCCCUUAACAAUUCGUUUUUCAACGGCAAGGAGCCGAUGCGUGUAGGCAGGCGAGAACACUGUGACGAAUGUGCAACGUUGCUGCAGUUGCGGCAAGAGGGUACCCGUGCUGCUCCACUGUCCCCGGCCAACGGGCGCCCUAAUACGGUGGGGGGCGCAGAAAUUCCUGCCAGUAUUUUGAAUGCCCUCCACGAGGAAAUAAAAGAGGCGCAGACGCAAAUCGCGGCAACGAGUCAAGCAGCGUGCCGCUCCCUUGAAAGCGCCGUUGAAAGUAGUUUGCAGCGAACUGAGGCGAUGGUCCGGCGAGCCGAGCAGUGUAUGGACACAUUCCGGAGCUCGUUCUUGAUGGAGUCAGGCACAAAGGCUGUGGGGACCGCCGAGGCAAAUUCACUUUUGCCCUGA